CUACAGGUAUGCCUGCAGGCCAGAAGACAACACCAGCUCUCAUAGACAGUUGUGAGCCACCGUGUGGUUGCUGGGAAUUGAACUCAAGACCUCUGGAAGAGCAGCCAGUGCUCUUAGCCUCUGAGCCAUCUCUCCAGCCCCCAAAUCCAUAUGUGUUUGAGGGGUUCACUAUGGGAUAAUAUUAUGCUGUCAGUUCUCUGAUUAGUUGGCCCACUCACAUUAAUGAGUACCUUCUCUUUCUGUACUAUUUGGGCACUGGGUACACUUCAUCCAGUGAUGGCUAAAUGAUGCUUGAUCUUUCCCUCUGCUUGCCCUUUUCCUAGACAACCAAUCGAUUCUCUGCCUGCUGAACAUACCUGGUAGCUUUGGUUCAUAGCCUUACAUAACCCAUAUGUUUUAAUAUUUCAGAUAUGCUUUUGUCUCCCACCAUUAACAUUGUUGCAGUUCAACUUGUUCAUUCCCAGCUAAUAGGAGUUUCUUGAAGUUGGCUUCUGGGGUUGGAAACAGCCCUGGUAGUCUUUGGUAGCACCUUGCUGGUGGAUGCCAAGAUGCUUCAUCUUCAUCUUGUACAUUUAUUGUCCAGACCUGGACCCAGCCAUUUUUUGAAACCCUUGUUUAUUUUUCCAGUGGGAACUGGCACGGGUAUUUCUGUUGUUGUUGUUUAGAUUUUGCUUUCAUUUUUGCUACUGAGGACUGAACCCAGGGCUUUAUCCAUACUACUCAAGUACCCUGCCACUGAUGGACCCCAUCCUGCUAAUUGCUAACUCAUUCAGGGCACCAAUGGCUCCUAGGUGUCAGAGGCACAGGGAGUUAUAGCAUGAGAAUGUCCUAUUAGUUAUGUUUUUCCACAUCAUAUAUACCAGAGUUAGAGGGCAGCAAUCAUUCAAUUCUGAAAAUGGUCAUAUUUUCUGUUUCUUUUUUUUUCUACUUUUUAUUUCUGUCUGGGAAACACACACAUUUUUUGGACAGGGUCCACUGUGUAGCCUUAGCUGGUCUUGAACUCAGGGAGAGACAUCUGCUUCUGCCUCCCAGGUGCUGCCUUUCACCAUUGCUCCUGGCUUGUUCUUUUGAGGCAAGGUCUUGUUAAGUAGUCCUCAAAAUGUUUUUUCUCUCUUUUUUUCUUGGUAUUUUCCCCCCAAAACAGGGUUUCUCUGUGUAGCCCUGGCUGUUCUGCACUUCACUCUGUAGACCAGGCUGGCCCUAAACUCAGAUUUGCCUGCCGCAACUCCCAACUGCCGGGAUUACAGGCAUAGUCCACCACCAUUUCAAGCUUUAUCUUAGUUCUUUUGUCCACGUGCAGCAGUACAUCAUCACCAUCAUCAUCGUCCAUCGUUCAGUGUUGCUUUAUUCUCUGGGACUGUAGGUGUAUCCAGAGUUUGAAGAUCAGAGAGCUUGUCUGCCGUCCGGGUCUUUUCUGACUUGUUCCUCAGACAACACCAUCCGCUUCUGGAAUAUGGGUAGCAGCUCUGAUGCUCAGUGGCAGAAAAACAUCUUCAGCGAUACCCUGCUGAAGGUGGUAUAUGUGGAUAAUGACAUUCAGCACCUGCAGGACGUGUCUCACUUCCCAGACCGGGGCAAUGAGAACGGGACACCCAUGGAUGUGAAAGCUGGGGUCCGAGUCAUGCAGGUCAGUCCUGAUGGCCAGCACUUGGCUUCAGGCGACCGCAGUGGAAAUCUGAGGCAAGUGGCCCUGGUGGUGGCUAGUGUUCACCUCCUGGCCCCAGCUGGGGGUCUCAGGGCACUGGGGAGGAGUCCUGGUCUUGGCACCUCAGCUGCUUGUUGGGAAUAGGGGACCAUGAGUAGUAAUCCAGUUGCCAGCAGCACCCCAAGACUUCAGCUGGGAUGGGCUUCCUCAAGGCCUGAGGUCACAGUAACUGCCAGGACCUCAGCAGCCAUAUGGAAUGGCCUCCUCCCUGGCCAGGGAGAUUUAUGAAACACUCUCACAGCCAUGGGCACUGAUGCUGAAAUGUCAGUGGGAGAGGCCAGCUGCAGGGGAUGGGUGCACUGAGUGGGUUCAGUGGGGUAGAGCAGAGA